UGCUUAGCUCUUGCUGAUUUAUUCACUUGUAUAGGGGUGAUUGCCAUGUCUAUAAUGUUUAUCACGAUUCUACCGCCACAUCAAGAGGAAAUGAUUGUACCAGAAUUAGGCAAAAUUAACGUCACCAUUGAUUCUGAAACUUGGUACAUGUAUGUUGCAGGGCCAAUAGAGAGCUUUACCAUGUUUUCAUAUAUUUCUUCAUACCUUUGGACAUUUGGAUAUGCCCUGGAUAUUUGUCUUCAAAUCUAUGAUAAAGACACGAGUAUCAGAAUGAAGGCAUAUCAGAUAGGCUUCUGGUUUGCGCCUAUAUGGGUUGUUGUAUGGUGUCAAAUUGGAUAUUUCGCUGGCUCAAAUGAAUAUUGUUCAAUGUGGGAUCGAGAAAUCUUGCAUUACAUGGUGUGUUUUGUGCCUCUUGUUUGUGUAUUCCUUGUUCUACCAUUUAUAUAUCUCCUGGCGUACAGAAAAGUCCGGAAAAAUGUCAAGUCUGCGCAUGCGUGUUACACGAACACUGAAAGGAAACUUUUAUAUGCUGUGAGAAAAAAGUUUUCCCUGAUCUGUCUUGUGUUUGUCUUCUGCUGGAUAAUCAACGUUGUUGCAGGCUUUCUUGAUCUACAAAUAUUAUUCAAACAUUACUUGAAUCAGACCUAUGUCUUGGAAAGCGAAGAUGGAUUCCCAGACACCACGUUGAAAUUUGAUAUCUGGAUGAUCGAGGCCGUUGUCAACCCUCUUCAAGGAUUCCUCAAUUGCCUAGUGUAUGGCCAGUCUACGGAGUUGACUCGGUGUUGCCGAAACUGCUGCCGACGUUCACAUGACAGCUAUCCAAACUUUAAGGAUAUAAAUGACCCGUCAAGUGAAAGCUACUUUAUAAACAGCCACGACGCACUUGAAACUUCCUCCACGUACCCGCAUUAUGAUAGCUACAGAUCGUUAAGCAGUAGCACAAUGGGACAUUCCGGGACGCAAAAUGAGAAACGAUUCGUGGCCAGAUUACUAGGAGAACCACGGUUUACAUAGCUAUAGGAAUUACGCAGUUAGAAUUUGCUCGUUUUCAACCAAUCCAUGAGAUUCAAAAGAUACAACACAACAACAACAACAACACAACA